GGCUGAGGCCGUCGUAGUGAGUGGGUCUGUUGCGCGUGUGAACCUUUAGCCUCCUGACUGACUUUGGGAUCUGCUACCUGUUAUGAGCGCAUGACGCGUGUCAAUUUCGGCUGAGACGAAGGAGUAAUCAAGAUAUUUUACGUGAACAAGAUUCUCUGACAGAAUCAAGAUUGUCUGUAUCGCGUGAUAUUCAUUAAGAGAUAAUUAUCAAGGUCGACGGAGAUCUGAAGGGAGCCGUAGAAAGCUAUCAGGCGUCGCGGCCUGUUCGAAGAAGACCGCCUGACAACCUUCUUGGAAGAUGUUGCUGUGGAAGAUAUACGACACGAUGUGAAGCGACGCGACCACACCAAGAAAAUGUUUCCGGGUGGAGGCGCUCGAAUUGCCUUUUGCUGCCGCUAUGCCGGGGACUCCCCCAGAAAACUGUUAGCUUUAAUCUCAACGUGAAUCUGUUGGUUUGAUGUGAUGCUUAGUGAAGCGAUAUUAUGCGAGGAGCGCACCGCGUCUCACGUGAUCAGUAGCUGGGUCGUACCGACUUUCGCGACGAUGCUGGGCAAGUAUCUGCUGGUCGUGAGCCUCACCUGCUGCUCCGCCGGCGCGGCCGCGGACGAGGGCGAGUCGCCCGGCUUUGCGCCCAUCAGGUUCAUCGACAACCAGAGCGGCGACCUGAUCCACGCCCACAAAGGCACCAAGGCCGACGUCAUCAGCGUUAGCAACACGAAGGACCUCCUCUACGGUCCGUACAAACUCUUCACGGACCUUAGCAGCGGCGGGUGGCCAGAGCAGCCGAGCGGCGGCAACGCCACCACCGCCUCCGCCGCCGGGGAGGGCGCUCGCCACAGACACGACCGCAAGCACAGGUCGGGGAGCGCCGGCGGCCGCAGGAGGGACGGGAGCUGGCACCGAAAGCAGAGGCGGAAGAAGGAGACUCGGAAAUUCAACAACGGAAGACUUAAUAAGAAGAACCUGAAGAAUGACUGGAAGCGGAGACAGGGCAACAGGCAUAACAACAGACGAUCGCUUCGCGCCCACGGUAUGUCCGAAGGGCGUGGUGGGCGCGGUGCCUCAGCUGCGGCGGCGGCGGAGGACGAGAUGGGCGUGGGCACAGAACUCGUUCCUCGCUCGCACGGGCGUUGGGCGGCGGGUCGGAGGCGGCGGCCGCUCCCAAGUGCACGGGACUCGUAG